CUCCGUGCCAUCAAUCUUUCUUAGUCCUGGACCUGAUCCUGAAAAGGGUUAGGGUUAGGGUUUGUGCUAUUGAAUUCCAGGGACGGUGCAUUUCUGCUUAAUCGAUGGCGAAUCGCACGGAUCCUGCAGCGAAGAGUAUAAGAGGGACGAACCCUCAGAACCUAGUGGAGAAGAUUCUCCGGUCGAAGAUCUAUCAGAACACGUACUGGAAGGAGCAAUGUUUCGGGUUAACGGCGGAGACGUUGGUGGACAAGGCCAUGGAGCUGGACCAUCUCGGCGGAACUUACGGGGGAAACCGUAAACCUACGCCUUUCAUGUGCCUCGUCAUGAAGAUGCUCCAGAUUCAGCCAGAGAAAGAAAUCGUCAUCGAGUUCAUCAAGAACGAGGAUUACAAAUACGUUAGGAUACUCGGCGCGUUUUACUUGCGUCUCACUGGCUCAGACAUUGACGUCUACCGCUACCUCGAACCCUUGUACAAUGACUAUCGCAAACUCCGGCGAAAGUUAACUGAUGGGCAGUUUUCAUUGACGCAUGUGGAUGAGGUCAUCGAUGAACUUCUCACAAAAGAUUAUUCCUGUGAUAUUGCUUUGCCUCGCGUCAAGAAAAGAUGGACUCUUGAAUCUUUGAAUUCAUUGGAACCUAGACGAAGCGCACUUGAAGAAGAUUUUGAGGAGGAAGAAGAGAAAGAGGAUAAUGAGCAACCUGUUGACGAGAUUGAAGAUAGAGCCUAUGAGAAGGAUUAUUAUCGUGGGCGAAGCCCAACAAGGGAAAGAGACAGGGACAGAAGGCGUGAUAGUCAUAGAUACAGGGACCGUGACUAUGACAGAGACUAUGAUAGAGAUUAUGAACGAGAGCAUGAUCGGGAGCGGGGACGCGGCAGAGAUAGAGACAGGGACAGAGACAGGGAGAGAGACAGGGAUCGAUAUCGUCUGAGGGAUGAAAAAGAUUAUGGUCGUGAGAGAGAAGGUAGGGAGCGGGAGAGGAGAGAGAGGGAUCGUGACCGUGGAAGGCGAAGGAGCCACUCAAGGAGUCGAAGUAGGAGUAGGGAUCGCAAGGAACAUGAUGGUGGUGACUACAGAAAGAGACAUGCUAGAAGUAGUGUAAGCCCUAGAAGACACGGAGAUGGACUUGAGGAUGGUGAGCCAAAAAAGAAGAAGGAGAAAAAAGAAAAGAAAGAAAAGAAGGAUGAUGGCACUGAUCACCCAGAUCCUGAGAUUGCAGAAGCGAACAAGCUCCGAGCAGCCCUGGGUUUGAAACCGCUGAAGGUCUGAUCUGGGCAGUGUGAUAUAUAUAUAUAUAUAUAUAUAUAUAUAUAUAUAUAUAUAUAUAUAUAUAUAUAUAUAUAUAUAUAUAUUUAGUUGGGUUUUGUUGUAAGCACUAAAGAUCCAAAAGCAAAAGGAAAUGCCAUGUUACCAGGUGGCUAGAUGCUGCUUGCUUUCUGUGUAUAUCCCUGAGUCGCAGUUAUCGAGUCAAAAGGACAAGUUUGCUAUGUACGUGUGUUUGUGUUGCUGCGCCAGCUCGAACUUAUACAUGUCCAUAGGUCUUGUUUUGAUUGUUUUUAUUUUAAUGAGACCACCAUAUCCAGA